AUGAAAAUUAACCACGGGGACACAGUUUCGGCACUGAAGUUUCAGUGGACAUGUGUAUCUAGUACUUACAGUAGUCAGGAUGGACGAAACAACAGCAAAGAUGACAGUAGUGAUAGACGUCAUGACACCUUUCCACGCAACAGAUUCCACCACGCCGCCUGCUGCCUGGGCAAAUAUGUCUACAUAUUUGGCGGCAAAGACAGAUACUCACCUCUCAGAGACAUGUGGAGGUUUGAUAUGGUCACUCAAGAAUGGGAACAGAUAGAUGACGUGAAAAGCAGAAUUCCACAUCUACAAGGGCAUACGAUGUUGCCUUACAAGACCCAACUCCUGAUUUUUGGAGGAACAUUCAGUGACACAAUAGAGGACACCCCUCUAUGGAUCUAUAAGACGGAUUUGCACCAUGUGCACAAGUUCUGCUGUGAAUCGUACAGAGCGUCCCCAGUUGGAAGGAGGGAACACUCCGCUGUUGUCUAUAAGUCCAGCAUGUACAUCUAUGGGGGAUUCCUGGAUAGUUCCGGCUCAACAGAUGAAUUCUGGGUGUUCAGUAUUGAAGAGAAUGAAUGGAGGAUGAUCCGCAGACACAAGCCUGGUAAGAGACAUGGUCAUGUUGCUGCUGUAGCAGAUGGCAAAAUGUGGCUUCAUGGAGGCAUGCGAGGGUUAACAGCUUUAUCUGAUCUCUGGACAUUUCAUUUUGAAAUGAAUACCUGGAGUAAAGUCAGUGGAGCUGGUAUGUCUCCGACUUUGUCAAAUCAUACAGCGCAUGUGGUUGGCAAAUAUGUCAUUCUUUUUGGUGGGUCAAAGAGCGGAGUCCUUUCACAAGAUGUUUGGAUUUUCAGAAUAGAUACAUUGACAUGGAGGCAUGUAACAACUCAGCAAGGUGAUCUAUGCCCGCCCAUAACACUUCAUACAUCUGUCCUUCUCAGUGCAGAUCCAUCACAGAACACUGUAAAAUGUCGUGCUCAAUCUUUGCCUUAUUUAAAAGCGCAGCCGGUCGUCAGUUCUAAACUCACAAGUGGCCGACCACGGACAAGUCCAGCCGCCAACUCAGGCAAUGAAUACAUUUCAUCGGAGUCAGAAGCUUUUCAUGUUGCCGAUGUUCUUCGCCUGGACAUGGUCAGAACUCACCUGGAUGGCAACAACAAUAACAACCAAGGAGUCAUUCAUGGGAGAGCAGACUUGCAGGCAAUGGAGGCAGAAACAUCUUUCUUUACUUCGGAUUAUAAUCCCAAUGUCACUGGACCAUCAGCAGAACCAGCAAACCAUGAGCUUAGUGCAAAAACUGGUUCCUAUUCUUGUGAAGGGCAUUCUGAAAACUUAGGUAAGAUAUUAGGGCAGCAUUCUGAAGUAAGCAAAAUACAGCCAGCAUCAAAUGAAUAUUGCAAGGAUGUCAUACCUCUCCUUGAAAGAUUUCAUUCAGUCACUUCUGAUGUUGACCUUGGAGAGAAUAACUUAACCAUUACUUUAUCAGACGAGGAAGUGUUUCAGUCUGCAUUGUCACAAGACAGAAUGCAGCAAAAUAAUCUCAGCAAGUGUUCCCAUAUGUGUCAGAACAACACACGACAUAUGGGACAAUGUGCUGCUGACACGUUUUUCCAUAACACGUUUUCUAAGACAGCAUUUGUAACAAAUGGCAAACUUUCAGUCAAAGAGCAGGACAAACAGUUACUGAACUUUGAAAUGUCACAUCAUACAGGUGAACAUUAUAUGCCAAAUUAUGUUGCCAAAUGUGUUCUGUCUGAAAAUGAUGAAACUUCUGAUGUAACAAUAAAAUAUAGCGGGUCUAACUGUUUAAGUAACUAUCAGACUGCAGAGUUGGUAGAUACAAAAAGUGUACAUCCAUUCUCAAAAUUAGAAUGUGGUGAUAAAUUAGUAACAUCUAUUUCUAGUCUUCCUUGUGAUCUUCCUCGCCUGUCGGUAAGGAAAGAAAAGGCAUCGCAAAAGUCAACAAAAUAUAUGUCUGAUUUAACUGUUGAAGAUUUAGAAUCAAUUGACAUUUCUGAACUCUUUAAUAAUAUCAAAAUACCCAGCCCACCAAAAUCAUAUUUUAGAUCAUAUUCUUUAAAAAAUGUGUAUAGUUGUAUAAAUGACCUCUUCGAUCACGUAGGAGCACCUGACUUGUCCAAAAGCCAGUGGACGGUUUCUUGUGGCAAUCUUGUAUCAUGGCAGAACAAUGAAUGUGGAGUGGAAAAUAUAAAGUCCCAGUCUUGGAUUGGUAGAAAUGCAAUAACAACGCUAAAAGAAAUUCAAAAGAAGAAAGAAACAUUAUUGCUUGAGAAACAGCCCAGGUCGGGGAAAUAUAUCAAACAUUGUGUCCCCUAUACCUGGAGGUGUCCACCGUAUCAUCUGAGAUUUCAAGAAGGCCUCUUCAAAUAUCCUGAAUCUACACAAGUUUCUGUUGGUACCCAAACCACGGAUUCUCAGACGUCACUACCGGGACCCAAGCCUUGUUUAACAGCAGCUCACCUUGAUUCUAAAGUGGACCACAGUGUACAUCACAUAACACGCGUUGGUAGGGCUCAGCAUGAGUCAGUACAAUCAACACAAGAGCAAAUAAAGUCAGUGAUAUCGGCCAACAACAAAGGGUUUAUGGAAGGAACAUUGUGUGUUCUAGUUAUAGGUGGUCAAAUGGAGAAUCAUGGUUUUCAGACCGAGCCAUUGAAAAUGUGGCGAUGUUGUCUGCAUUGA